UGGCUUUAGGGCCCGAUGGUGACGUUGCGGUACGCGGUGUUCGUGGUGCGGUGGCCAGCCUGCUGGCGGCACCCAGCAAAGCUUACACCCGAUCCUUAUCUGACGCAUUUCGAUCCACGGUCCGAGCAUCAGAGUUACAAGCAGGCUCAGAUGCGACUUGAGGAGGUGCACAAGGAGAAAGUUACGAAAGUGAUGAAGGAUUGGAGUGAUCUCGAGGAAAGAUAUCAGGACAUCAGGGCUCAUGAUCCCGUCGCCGCGGACGCUUUUAAACGCUGGAUGACGGCGCGAUUCCAGGAGACGGUCGCUGCGCUUGAGGAGAGCGGCGCGGGAAGAAAUUCCAUGCGCUUCGGUUGGCGGCGUGUUUACUUUGGAUCAGCUGUUCGACGCAUCAGCUGACUGUACCAUGGUGUG